AUGGCCUAUGACCACUUUGCAGCCAUCUGCAGGCCCCUUCACUACAUAGUCAUCAUGAGCAGACAAGUGUGCUAUGUCCUUGUGAUGGCCUCUAUUAUGGCAGCAUUUAUCCAUUCAAUCCUGCAUGUAUUGAUUAUUAUUGAACUUCCCUUCUGUGGUCCCAAUCAGAUAGACCACUAUUUCUGUGAUGUAUUCCCCUUGCUGAAGCUGGCCUGCAUGGACACCAGCUUAUUGGUCAUUGUGACCAUUACCACCACAGGAGUGAUGUCCAUUUUGACCUUUGUUGCCUUGGUAAUUUCUUACAUCAUCGUCCUGUCAACCCUGAGGACUCAUUUAUCCGAGGGCCACUGCAAAGCCCUCUCCACUUGCAGCUCACACAUCACUGCUGUGUUCACGUUCUUCUUGCCCCUCAUCUUCACCUACGUCCCCACUGUUGAUUCUCUCAGUGAUGAUAAGCUUUUUGCCCUAUUUUACACCAUGAUUGCACCCAUAUUCAACCCUCUCAUCUACACACUGAGAAACACAGACAUGAAGAACACCAUGAGGAAAGUGUGCUGA